CAUAAGGCAGAUGUUAAUUCGGUUCAGUCUCGUGCGUGAUAGAGAUGGCAGCUGGUAACAAACCACUUGUUUACGUUUCGCCGCUGAACGAAAGAUUCGCAGUACCGGACGCUCCAAAAAAAUGUCUUUGGAAAGAGAGUCUCGGAAAAAACAUCCCGUCGCCGCACACGAGAGAAAACUGGAAACACAAUUACAAAAUUUACCCCGACGUACUAUCCCUGAUCGGGAACACGCCCAUGGUGAAGCUGAACAAGAUUCCCAAGGAAUACGGAUUGACAUGUAACGUCUUCGUCAAAUGUGAGUUCCUCAACCCCGGCGGUUCAGUCAAGGACAGGAUGGCGAAAAGGGUAUUUGAAGAUGCGGAAAAGCAAGGACUCAUCCAUCCUGGCAUGACCAUCAUCGAACCCUCGUCCGGCAACACCGGCAUCGCCGUGGCCCUCAUAUCCGCCAUUAAGGGUUACAAAUGCGUCAUCGUCAUGUCCGAGAAAAUAUCGCAAGAAAAGGAAGCAGUAAUUACGUCACUCGGAGCAACGGUAGUGAGGGUACCGGUUACUGAGGACUCUUUUUCGCCCAAUGGUCUUUUUGGUACCGUGGCGCGCUUGCGUCAAGAAAUUCCAAACUCUUUUGUGUUCGAUCAGUUUUCUAAUCCAUCGAAUCCGUUGACGCAUUACGACACUACAGCCGAGGAGAUUCUGGAUCAGUUGGACAACAAAGUGGAUUUAAUCGUUUUCGGCGGCGGUACCGGCGGUACGAUCACCGGGAUUGGCAGGAAAUUCAGAGAAAUCUCGCCAAACACGAAAAUCGUGGGCUUCGAUCCGGAAGGGUCGCAGUUCGCCUACCCGCCGGAGCUGAAUCGGUCAGACACAAAGUUCUGGGAAGUGGAAGGUAUGGGGUACGAAUUCAUUCCCGCUACUCUGGAUCAAGCAGUCUGCGACUACUGGAUAAAAACGACCGACAUGGAAGCGCUGCCACUAGCUCGCAAGCUCAUGAGGGACGAAGGAUUGCUAGUCGGCAUGAGCGCCGGGGCGGGGCUAGCGGCGGCCAUCAAGGUGGGUAAGGAGUUGAAAGCAGGUCAAAACGUCGUCGUCAUUUUGCCCGACAGUAUCAGAAACUACAUGACCAAGUUCGUGUCGGACCAAUGGAUGGAAGCAAAAGGCUACCAGCCUUGUGUCAACAAACUGAACCUUUGGUGGUGGGACAAAAAGGUGUCAGAUUUGAAAUACAAAAAGGCGCUAACUGUAAGCGCAGACGAGCCGCUAGCAAACGUCUUGGAUGUCCUGAAACGGAACAACGCACCAGGGGCGUGCGUGCUAAACCGAGACGGCACACUGCUAGGAACGGUCACAACACAAGCAGUGAGAAACAAACUUAUAUCCGGGACAGCGUCGUCUGAUGACCCGAUUACCAGGUUUACCGUUCGCGUUUUACCAAAAUUGGACAUCAAUUCAAGUUUGGGCAGGGCGUCCCGAAUUUUGGAAAAGGAUCCUUUUGCUAUCGUUAUCGAAAUUCGAGGAUCGGGAUCAUCGAGACAAGAAAUUCCCAUAGGAUCCAUCGAAGGGGAGGACUUGCUGGAAUACAUCUCACGACGUUAAUUCAGUUCUGAUAUUGUCAGGAAUAGACACUUAUGGCAGAUC